AUGUCCGGUGAAGCGUGGUUAUACCUCUUCGCGGUGUUGAUCAACGCGGUCAAUCUGUUCCUUCAGGUCUUCUUUACUAUUAUGUACAGCGACUUGGAAUGCGACUACAUCAACCCCAUCGACCUCUGCAACCGACUCAACACCUACAUCAUCCCUGAAGCCGCCGUCCAUGCCUUCCUCACCUUCAUGUUUCUCAUCAACGGAUACUGGGUGCCUCUGAUUCUCAAUUUGCCCCUUCUCGCAUACAAUGCCAAGAAGUAUGCGCCGCCCCUCUACAUUUUCUUUCUGUUCCCUCCCACCGACUCCGCUGGGGCAGCAUCUCAGCUGCGAGGACAAGUCAAAGCUGACCGAAAUCUUAGGAUCAUCGACAACACCCACCUGCUGGACGCCACCGAGAUCUUCAGAAAGCUCAAUGUCCAUAAAAAGGAGUCCUUUGUCAAGCUCGGUCUCCACCUGCUUUUCUUUUUCUUCUAUCUGUACAGCAUGAUCGUGGCCCUCAUCCGCGACGAUACCAAAUAA